AUGGCCGUUCCUCGAGAUCGUGGCUUGAGUGAUGCCGCAUUAUUGCAGCAAAACGGCCAGAAACUAUAUCAGCAAGGCAAUUUCCAAGCUGCCCUUGAGGUCUUCACAGAGGCCCUGAAAGCCGGCCAUGGCGAUGUCCUCAGUGUUUAUGAUAACCGUGCUGCCACCUAUACCAAGUUAGCCAAGUAUGACCUGGCUUUAAGGGAUGCCAGGGCCAUGAUAAAAACUGACAAACUAGACGCCCGGGGCUAUCUUCGAUGUGCAAAGGUUCUGCUGUCGGAUGGUAAACCUGACAAGGCCCUUGACGUCUACGCUUAUGCCUUAAAGACUUUGCCGACAUGCGACCCCCGUCGUCAGCUUGUAGAACAACUUCAUGACAAGUUGUGGAGCAAAGCACAUGCAAAGUGCCAUGAUCCGUUCAGCGUACUGCCAUUGGAGGUAGCGAUGAUGAUUGUGAACCAUUUCGACUUCAAGCAGAUUGUGGCUAUUCUCCGCGUAUCAAAAAAGUGGGAUCGAUUUCUGUCGUCCAUACGAAGUCUUUGGAUGCGUAUAGAUCUGUCGGAUGCUCGUGGCAAAAUCCACUGGCCUUCGGUCCGGGCGUACAUCCGUCGAUCAAAAGCGAUGCUCACACAUGCCAUCGUCAGGAAUGUUUCGACGCCGUCCACGCACAGAGUUUUGGAAUUCUUCAGCAGGUGCCCGAACCUAGAGCAUCUUGAGAUAUGGGCUCAGUCCAAGCCUGAUGUCCUCUACGAUCUGUACAAGGGCUCCAAACGAUUAAAAUCUUUGAUCAUAUCCGGCCACACAGCCCUACCGCAGGAGAUCAUUGGCAAAUUCCUUCAGACUUUGCCUCUUUUGGAGCGACUCGAAGUUCAUGAUGCCAAGCCAUCUAACUUGGCUCGGGUGGAGUGGCCAGAGCAACUCCCAAGUCUCAAAAGUAUCACUUUUGGUGCCAUGGUCGCCGCUGCUGCACCGGACGUGCAGGCUCCUGCUCUUCAUCUUCCGCAGGGUCUUUCGACAUGUCUUCCCAAUUUGGAAGAGCUUCGGCUCAGCUGGAACCCACGAAUCUUCACUCCUUAUCAUCUAAGUUUUGAUGUACAUGAGCUUUCACAGCUGCGUCGGCUGGACUUGAGCGGCGUGUACGUUGGAGCCGAAUUUGGUCUGCCGUCUAGCCUUGAAUAUCUUCGCAUCCGUGGAGGCACAGGGCUCGUUGGAGGUGCCCUCGUCCAAAGGGAAUUUCCCUUUGUGUACGAGGAACCCUUUGAGCUUCCGAAUCUUCAUACGCUCAUUCUCAACGACGUGCCUUGGGCCACAGGCUACACUAUUCAGCACUUCUGCAGCAUCGCCAAAGCGCCUUUGAGAGUCCUCCAUCUCGACAGCUGCUUCCGCAUCACCGGUGCGCAGAUUUCGGAACUGGUCCGCAUGGACAGCCUGAGCGACUUACAGGAACUCAACAUUUCGCACAUUGCUGGUACUGAUGACAAGGCGGCUGCCGUUAUAAUUAGCGCACUACCCAGUCUCAAGGUCGUGUAUCUCUCAUAUACAAGGAUCUCCGGCUGCGCAAUAAAAGCUUUUGCCGAUGCAAGGAGCUCCGACGACAACGUAGCGAAAGUGAAGCGGAUAUACGCCAAAUUCUGUGACGAAGUAUCAUCAGAUGCGGUCGCCUAUGGAAGAGCUCGGGGCGUUGAAAUAAUAGCAUAG